GUUGUCCAGGAGUCCGGUGUUCUUGCAUCCUGUAUCGCCACACAGUAACUUUUAGCGGCCAUACAGCGUGUGUAACAACCACAGUGAAAAGUUUUAUAUACAGUGUGGUGUUAGUGAAGUGUAGCGUGUUGUAGUGAGCGGACUUAUUAGCUUUACAGGUAAUUGAUAAUAUCUAAGCAAUUGUGUAACUCGUGGGUGUUAGUGCAGGGCAGCUGGGAAGAAAUGCUGCUCAGCUGGUGGUCAAACGAUGAACUUGCCAAACACUGCACAGCUACGACCAGCCAUGUUUGCUAAGACUCGUGAAUAUGGAAAAGGAGGAAAGAACUAUACAGGAGGAAGUGGAGCAGAAACAAAAAUGGAGGAGCUGGUGGGUCGAGUGAGAGCGAGAGUGGAGAGAGCAGGACUGAGGAGGGCAGGCUGGCGGGUCUGGGUGACGGCUCUGGCUAUCUACUGCGGCCUGGCGCUCCUGCUGGACCCCGACCCCAUCACUACCGGCGAAGAUGAUAACAUCACUCUCUUGGAGUGGGUCACUGAGAAUGAGGCCAGCCUACGUAAGGAGUAUCAACAGCGGGCGAUAGAGGCUCAUGAGGUGUGUAAAACCUACGACAUCUACAUGAGCCAGGACGAGUACAUCAGACGCUCAGACCAUCAACAAGAGAAACUACAGUAUUCUGAUUGGUUCACACUCAAGAGAUUGAACUGGAACUCUCUAUUCUAUGUGCCCACUGACGACUUCGUGUACUGCAAGGUGCCCAAGUGUGGCUCCUCCACCUGGGUUUUCAACCUCCUGAAGCUGGCUAACGCACCGCAGGACCAGAUCAGCUCGGAUAUUGGCCUACACCGUCUGCUGAGGGAUUAUUACCCCAAAUCGGCUACCAGCAAGAUGAAGCAAGCGUUCAAGAACAGUUUCAAGUUCCUGGUGGUUCGUCAUCCGUUUGAAAGAAUAAUCUCCGCCUACAGGGACAAGCUGGAAGACUACCAGAGGGACCUCAUGUUCAGGGACGGCUAUUACUACACCAUGUACGGCAAGAACAUCGUGCGAGUAUACCGGGACGACAGCGACCGUUCCCUGGCUAACAAGACGGAGCCCACUUGGAGAGAAUUCGUCAGGUAUCUUAUCAACUCACCCUCAUCCAAGUUCGACGACCACUGGAGGCCAAUUUACGCCCUCUGCUCUCCCUGCGUCAUGAAGUUCAACGUCAUUGCCAAGAUGGAGACUUUCAGUGAGGACUCCCAGUAUAUCAUCAAACAGCUGGGGUUGGAGGACAGCCUACAAGUAGAGUGGAUACACAGGACAUCGAACACCAAGACCUCAGACAUAGCCAGCACCUAUUUCUCUCAGCUCACAGCCAACCAGGUAGACCAGCUGUAUCAAAAGUACCGACUGGACUUCGAGCUCUUUGGUUACGACUAUGAGGAUUACAGAAAGAUGGCAGCUGAGUGAUCUUCUCCAGCAUGACCACAGAGUACAGCCAACAUCUACGGAAUGCCAUCUCCUCACGACACUAUCAUUGCUAUUAUACAACAGGUAGAAAUUAUAUACAAAAAAUCAAAAUGAGGGCAUGCUGUACGUGUGAUAUUUCUGACAACUGCCGCUGGUGGUGAAUGUGUUAGUUAGUUAAGCCCGAGCCGCUGGUGGGGGUACUUAUCACAGUCGGCACAUGAUGGCGCAAAAACAACGACCAAUUCAAUGCUCAGUACUAUCAUAAUGUUUAUAAUAGGA